UGUAUCAAGUGGUUAUUAUACCUAAUCCCCUCCAGGAAAUACAGUCAAUUGUUUUGUUGUUUUGGAAAUAUAUGAUUAUACAAAAUUAAUAUAUGUUGUAACGGACUUGGACAAUAGUGUUUAACGCGCACAGCACUUUCAUUUCUUUAUUAUUAUUUUGCUCGAAAUAAAUAUCGGUCAUUUAUAAUCAAGAGAUAAAACAACUUAACGGAUAUUAAUAUAAAGGGAUAUCAGCUGUGCUUUUUAAUGAGGAAGAUCCAUUGUUAAUGAGCAUUUUGUUUUUAUGAAAUAUUUUUUAAGAUUAUUGAUCAAGACUGGAUGCACAAACAUGAAAAAAAUGCCACCAUUUUGUUAUUCUUUUACAUUAGUAAUGUUUUCAUUGACAUUCUUCAAAUCGGGUAUCUGUGAAGAGCCCCAAUGCCAGCGAUAUUAUAUGGAGGAAAGGAUUCUUGAGAAAAUGGUGUCGAUAGAUUUAAAGCUGGAACACACGGUAGAGAAAAUAAAAGAUCUAGAAGACAAUCAACAAUGUAAGAAAACGAACCCAGUCAGGUUAGAUACACCUUUAACAAGUGCACUGAGGAUAGCGGAUCUGGAAACAGACGGCUGGCAAAUGGUAUUCCGUGCGACAUCUAGCAUCGGUCACAAUGUGUUCAAUGCUUGGACAACAGGCAAAGGUUCUUGUGAUGUCAAACCUAUUACGAUGGAAAGAUCCUACGCAUGUCACUACCGUAACAGUGUCAUUACGGACUGGUCCAACCUUGGCAUCAAGUACGUCAAAUACGCCUUCUUUGAUACAGACAGGGAGGUGGCGCAUGUGAUCUUCAAUGGUGUGGGCAGUAACAUCAUUUCUUGGUUUGGCAAGAGUAGAGUAAUUUCUACAAGCUGGUCCGAUCUAACAUCUAUGCAUGAAUACAAUUACUUCUCAUUACAAGGGCAUUGUGAACGAAGAUUUUUCAUAAAUCGAGCUUACAAUGGUUGCGAUGGAGACACUGGACAUAUGACUGUAAUUGACACUGAUAAACCUUGUACAUGUGAUUGGGAUCGACACCCCGUGUAUCCACAGUUUCUUUAUUCACAGAUAAACUCAGUAGACUACUGGAAUAGACGGUUUGGUAGAGCAGACUAUAUGACGAUUUUUUUGAAAACUGAGUAACGUUUUAGACACGUCAUGUAAAUACUCUUCAAAUUUUGUCCUAUUUUGUUUGUCAGACUGACUGGUUUAUAACAGGUGUUGGUAUUCUUCGAAUUUGGUGUUAUUUUGUUAGAGUUUCUUGUUCAUGAAAAAUAUUAAUUCCAUUUUUUAAUCGACUUUCUAGACGGCCUCUUUGGAUUCAAAGUGGCCGUCAUCAUUUUUUAUGUUUUUGACAUUAGGUUCGAAAAAUUCAUCAUAUUGAGCUGAGCUUUGUUUAAAGAAGGGCAUUUGGUAAUGGAAAUUAUUGAUAUGAUAUAAUUUAAUUAUUAUUUAGGUAAUCUGUGUGUACAAACAGGGUGUAUAUGGGGGCAAGGUAUUUUCUAUAUAUGUGGUCGAGAGUGCCCAUACGUGGAAGGAAGAAGUGACGUUUUUAGCUGUGUUUCUUGAAGUUAAUAUCAUUUUGUCCUAUGCUUAGCUCAAUCUCAACACACAUUAUGCCCAUUUGAUACUCUUAUUUCUACAGUGCUGGUCCACCUACGGUCACGAGGAACACAAGAUGGUGGCCACGAUGACCAGCAUGCCGAAUAAGAUUUUCUGCUUUACACUACGCAUAUACUUGUCAUUUAUAUUAUGUAUUCAACCCUACUUAAAUUGGGCAGAUGGUUUUCUUGGACACUGCAUCUAAGUAAGAUAACAAGAAAGAUGAAUUCUAUCAUGACUCUCCAACGAUGAAACCUGAAAUGCUGUUACCGCCUAAACAGUUGCCUAGGACCCGGAUAUUCCCAUCUUCCCAAAUUCAUGUUAGAACAUCUUGAUGUCUAGGAAGCUGUUUAAACGUCACAUUGCUUUUUAUUUUCUAAUUGUGAGAAAUCGUAAAUUGGUCAGGAAGACAGUGCUAAAUUAUAAAACAUAACUUCCUUAUUUAGGUAAGAAAAUGAAUCGUAUUAUAAAAUAACGAAGUCUUAGGUCAAACUCCUAUUAUUUCUUUGAACGAAGAUAACAUAGCUACAGAUCUACAUGAAAAAAGAACGGUGCAAGUGUGAUUCGUGUUGGACAGUUUAACAACGUUUUCUGAGAAAAAUAGCGCUCAGCUCAUAUACAUUGGCAUGUCCUCGAUAGAAGAAUAUGUAUGUCCUUGAUUGAGCAAUAUAUAUGUUGUAUAAGUUAAGCUACGUAUGGUAUCAUAAUUUCCGUGCAUUUCCUCUAAUAUGUUUUGUUUUGUUUUUUAUUUAAUUGAUGCUUAAUUAUUUACUUAGAGAGGAAUCGUUUGAACUUUAUUAAUUUGUUUUUGAUCACCGUGUUAUUUCUUGCGUUGUGAAAAUGGCAUAAUCCUUAAUAUUGCCAGCUAGAGCAUAUGUGAUUCUUUUAUUACGCAAUUCAUGCUUAAAACAGACGUUUUACUGCCAAUUUAAAUCAAAUGUAAUCAAAGCGCGAGAAUUGCAUAGCCGUAAAACGAAAAGAUAUCACAGUGUUUCAGAGGCGAACAACAAAAUUCAGGUUCGGCUUUAUCAUCGAUAGCGUAACGUUACGAAACUUUCUUCAAAUAUAUUUUUGAGCCGAGAAAUAUACUUAUAAGGAACAGAAUGCAGCUGCAAAGAUUUUUAAUUUUGAACUCUACUAGUCUGAUACAGAUGAAACUAGUAAACCAAGCUAGUAGACAGAUGUUCUAUUAGACAAGCAGCCGUAAAAUUGCUUUUAAAUGAUGUAAGAUGACGGUGUUUAUGGGAAUUUAUGUCCUUGCCUAUAAAACAAGACAUUUCAAAACUAAAUAAAAGCGUAAACAAGGAAUGCAAUUUUACCAUAAUCGCAAGACUGUCCUUUCAAGAAUCAAAUAACUCUUCACAAAGUCGUUACAUUUCGGCCUGAAAUCCGUGUCAGUUUUACUCACCAAUCCUUUAUCGUAGAUCGCCACAAAUCACCUCUUCGCAUGAACGACAUCUCUAAGAUUUGGAAGAAACGAAGCUUCACCGCUGAAUUCACUUCUUAUAAUACAAGACAAAUAUAAGUCGCUGGCAAAAACAACAACACUUGAAGUGUAUAUGAUGUCAAGUGGUUAUUAGACCUAAUCCCCUCCAGGAAAUACAGUCAAUUGUUUUGUUGUUUUGGAAAUAUAUGAUUAUACAAAAUUAAUACAUGUUGUAACGGACUUAGUACAAUAGUGUUUAAAGCGCACAACACUGUUAAAUAUUACGAUUCUUUUUUUAUUUUGCUGGAAACAUAUAUUGGUCAUUUAAAAUCAAGAGAUAAAACAACUUAACGGAUAUUAAUAUAAAAGGAUAUCAGCUGUGCUUUUUAAUGAGGAAGACUGUUAAUGAGCAUCUUCAUUUUAUGAAAUAUUUUUUAAGACUCAUCAUCAACACUGGAUGCACAAACAUUGUAAAAAUGCCAUCAUUUUGUUAUUCUUAUAUGUUAGUAAUGUUUUCAUUGAUAUCCUUGAAAUCGGGUAUCUGUGAAGAGCCCCAAUGCCAGCGAUACUAUAUGGAGGAAAGGAUUCUCGAGAAAAUUAUGUCGAUAGA